UCGAUCCCGUCCACAUACACUUUCAGUAAACUCAGAAUGGCAGGCACCAAACAUGUAGCUCUUGCGUUCAUUCUCCUCCUAAGCAUAGGAUUAGCCAACGCUGCAAGGGUGCCAAGACUCCUUACAGCUUCCGGAGCUGGCCAAGGAGGGGGUGAGGGUGGCGCGACGGUGAACGGUGCCGGCUCAGGGUCUGGCGGCGGCGCCGGAGCCGGCAAUACCGAUUCUACUGGUUCCCACGCAAAUGCCGUAGGCGGAGGCGACGGUAGUGCAGGUAGCCAACAAGGUGGGUCCGGAUAUGGUAGUGGAUCUGGCUCGGCCUCGGGUUUUGCUGAGGCUUACGAUUCCAUUUCCAUUGGUACCGAUGGACCCACAAGCGGGGGUGGCCAUGGGAGCGGGGGAGGAGGAGGUCAAGCGGGUGGUUCUGACGGAUCAUAUGGUCAAGGAGCUGGAUUUGGCCGUGGCAAUGGUAAUGCCUUCUCUAGAACAUAUGAGGGAGGGUCCCAAUGGAAGGAUGUAAGAGCCGGUGGUAACGGUGUUGGCAAUGGGGGUGGUCAAAAUGGUGGAAGUGGCGGAGGCGAGGGUGGUGGCGGAGGGUACGCCGAUAUACCAUGAAACUUUAAGCACUUAUUUUCCUUCAUCUAUACUUCUUUAUCUAUCAAGAAAUCAACAUAGUACCACACUGUUUUGGUUACUUACAUUUGAGUGUGCCAUAUCUGGAGUGUCUAUCACAAAUUUGGUUGCUGCUACCUCCGUUUGCUAUUAUAAGAUAUUUUUAGGUUUUUUUAAAUAUAUGCAUCUAGACAUGUUUUAGUGUGUAUGUGUGUACUCAUUUCGGUACAUAUCUAUGUUUUAUAAUAA